GAGGAGAUCAUGUGACCGGCGCAGGGCGGAAGUCCCUGUGUCAUGUGACCUACGUUCUGUACGGUACGCUGUCAGCGUGUUGUGAGUGAGGCUGGAAUGUGUGGAGCAUCUGUUGCAUAAUGCCAGAAGCUGCGACGUUGGUUUCUGUUCAGCAGUCCCUCAGACGAUGCUUUGACGUUAUAGAAAAGCAGCACGAAGAAUGGAAACUCGCCAUAACAGAGUGUGAUUCCUUAGUUGUUACUUUGAGUAACCUGGCAGAGCAGCUGCAGGCUUGCAAUAAAGUUACUUUUGAAAAGACCCCUCUAAAUGUAUUCAGUGAUCUACAGGAUCGUCUUUACUUUAAACUUGAGGCUGCUAUGGAUCUUACUUUGGAAAAGUUGAAUGAUAAGAUGUGUACACUUCAAAAAGUGAGGGAUGCUGUAAGUCACCAGGUGGGAUCCGUCCUCUAUGUUUAUGAGACGAAUGUGGAGAAACUUGGUGUUGAUGCUUCUCUUAAGCGUUCGCCUCUUAGUCCUUCUGUAGCUGACAUGCUAGAGUGGCUGCAAGACAUAGAGAAGUAUUAUCGAAAUCAAUAUAUCAAGCGGAAGCUUAUGUUGCAGUUAAAACCUAAUCGUUUAUCAGAAAUACAGAAUUUGCCUCGUGUUUGGGGAGAACUGGAAGACAAAUCGUCAGCAAAGAAACAGCUGGUACAAGAUACUUUGCUUAAUGUGUCAUUAUUUCGCGAAGCUGUAUGUGAAAAAGACUGACUUCAUUUUGACAAGGCGAAGAUUACAGAUCUCAUUUCAGAUUAUUGUCUCUUCCUAAAAAAGAGGUUACAUGGCAGUCUUGUGCCAUAAUUUAUAUAUAUAAUAAAUAUAUAUACACACAAUCAACUGAAAUCCAAUUCUUUGGAUGGAUAUUGCUACCAGUCUUAAAAGACUUGCCUGUUUCAUACAAGGAGUGUUCAUCAGUCAGUAUAUCAUCUGAUGGUAGCCCUUGCCAACUUUCAUACGGUCAAUGAGUGUUUAGUCACAUAAAGAAUGGAUGUGAAGGAAGCCUUGGAAACGUGGAUUAAGCAAUAUGUGGGAUUUUGGUAUUGAUAUGCAAUAUACAAUACUUUUGUCUUUUUGUUUUCUAAAUCCCAUGUCCAUUUUCAAAAGAAUUGAUGUGUAGUAAAAUGCUGUAUUUAGUAGCUGGCAAGCAUCUCCAAGCCCAUAGGGCUGGUUCACACCAGAUGUGGUGGAACUGCAUUGGGCGGCUAUUCCAGCGCUGUCCCUCAGCAUGGACAUGGCAAAAUGCCUUGUCUCCUAUGUGCCUGAUUCGCACCACUGCAUUGUACAUGCAGUACUUUAUUUCAGCGCUGUUCGAGACAACCCACAGAAUGUAUAGUAUGUCAAUUCUCAGUGAUAUGUAAAUACCUGUAAUAAAAUGUUACUACUGUUAGUGG